UGCAACAGUCCUCACUUGACGGCCAGGAAGUCGGAAGCCGCUGCCGCCGCCGGCGUCCCCUGCCUGUCCCCACCCGCCGGGUGCUGUCGGAGGUUGACAGGUCGUGGCAGGGAGGCGGCGGCGGCGGCAGAGCCGGGCACCCAAGACGGAGACCCCAUGGGGAACGCUCCGAGUAACAGCAGUGAAGACGAAGCGGCAGCCGCCGGGGGCGAGAGUUGGGGCCCACACCAGGACUGGGCCGCGGACUCGAGCACGACCCCUGGCUUGGGCCCUGCUGCCCCCGCGCUGCCUCCCGCUGCCGCGCUGCUGGAACCUGCCCGGCUACGAGAGGCAGCGGCUGCUUUGCGGCCCGCACCGCCCUACGAGUCGCUAGUGUCGAGGCACCACGGCGCGCUGCUACGCUGGUUGGAAGAGCGGCUGGGCCGCGGCGAAGAGUCCGUCACCCUUGAGCAGUUCCGGGAGCUUCUGGAGGCUCGUGGCGCUGGUUGUUCCGGCGAGCAGUUCGAGGAGGCCUUUGCCCAGUUUGAUGCUGAGGGUGAUGGUACUGUUGAUGCUGAGAACAUGUUGGAGGCCCUCAAGAAUUCCAGUGGAGCUAAUCUUCAGGGGGAGCUAAGCCACGUCAUCAGACAGCUACAAGCCUGCUCUCUUGUUCCAGGUUUUAUAGACAUAUUUUCAGAGUCAAAAGAAGGCCUUGGUGUUCACUCAUCAAUGAUACUUCGCUUCCUGCAUCGCAAUCGGAUCUCUAGCAUGGUAAUUCCCUACCCGAUGUUGGACCACUGCAAUAACAUGUGCACCAUGCGGUCUUCGGUUCUAAAGGAGUCUCUGGAUCAACUGGUACAAAAAGAAAAGGAAAGCCCUGGAGAUCUUACCAGAAGCCCAGAGAUGGAUAAACUCAAAUCAGUAACAAAGUGCUAUGCUUAUAUAGAAACAUCCUCCAACCCUGCUGACAUCGACAAGAUGACAAAUGGAGAAACAUCAUCCUACUGGCAGUCAGAUGGCAGUGCCCGUUCACACUGGAUUCGCUUAAAAAUGAAGCCAGAUGUUGUGCUUAGGCACCUGUCCAUUGCAGUUGCUGCCACUGACCAGAGUUAUAUGCCACAGCAGGUGACAGUAGCUGUGGGGAGGAGUGCCGGCGAUCUUCAGGAAGUUCGAGAUGUGCACAUCCCUAGCAAUGUCACUGGCUAUGUGACACUGCUGGAAAACGCCAAUAUCAGUCAGCUCUAUGUCCAGAUUAACAUAAAGCGUUGUCUUAGCGAUGGAUGUGACACUAGGAUUCAUGGUCUGAGGGCUGUUGGCUUUCAGAGAGUUAAGAAGUCUGGGGUCUCAGUCUCAGAUGCUUCGGCAAUAUGGUAUUGGUCUCUGCUGACAUCUCUGGUAACGGCUUCUAUGGAGACAAAUCCCGCCUUUGUCCAGACAGUGCUGCACAAUACUCAGAAGGCACUACAGCACAUGCCUCCACUUUCCCUCUCACCAGGAUCUACAGAUUUCUCCACUUUCCUGUCUCCCAAUGUCCUGGAAGAAGUGGACAGCUUCCUCAUAAGAAUAACUAGCUGCUGUUCUACCCCAGAGGUGGAACUGACUCUUCUGGCUUUUGCACUAGCAAGAGGAAGUGUUGCCAAAGUGAUGAGCUCUCUGUGUACCAUCACUGACCACCUGGACACAGGGUAUGAUGCCUCGUCCCUCAUCUCAUCCAUGGCAUCAGUCAGACAGAACCUGCUCCUCAAAUACGGUAAACCUCUCCAGUUGACUCUUCAGGCUUGUGAUGUCAAAGGAAAAGAAGACAAGUCAGGACCUGAAAACCUACUUGUGGAACCGUGGACAAGGGAUGGUUUUCUUACAGAGACUGGAAAAACCAGAGCAAGUACUAUUUUUUCUGCAGGAACUGAGUCUGCCUUCCAAGUUACACAAAUCAGAAUCAUGGUUCGACGUGGCGGCAUUGGUGCCCAGUGUGGCCUGGUUUUUGCCUAUAACUCACCUUCUGAUAAAUUUCAUGCAGAGGAACACUUUAAGCGGUUUGAAAAAUAUGACAAAUGGAAGCUUCAGGAGCUCAGGCAAUUUGUAAAAAGCAGGUAAGGAGCAGAUCAAAAAUCUGUAUACUUGAUAAAAAUGUACUUAUUCUCUAAUUGGUGAAAUAUGCUUUCUUGUUUUUAUAGAAAAGUACCACUACUAUUUCAUGGGUUUUGACAAUUUUAUACAUACAUUUAUUCACUAUCCAGUUAAGACAUAGCACAUUUCAAUCAUCCCCCAAAAGUUCACUGUCACUUCCCAAUCAAGUACCCUCCACAUCUAAGGCAAUCAUCAUUGUGAUUCCUAUCACUGUAGAUUUAUUUUGCCUAUUCUAGACUGUUAUAUAAAUGGAAUCAUUGAGUGUAUAUCCUUUCAUGUCUGCCUUCUUUUACUCAAUGUGAUUUU